AUGUCUCAGUCAGCACAACAAGUCAUCGAUCUUACGGAAGACGGAAGCAGCCCAGUAGCAGCCCAAAUCGUUCCACCCACGUUCACACACUCAGAAGGCCAAAGAGGUGCUCAACGGCCACCACGCUUUGAUCGAGACAUCAUCAGCAUCGAUGACCAGGAAGACGAAGCGGUGGACUUGAGAGAAGAAAGCCCAGAAAUUCAGUUCCUUACGUCACGGCCGCGCUCUCGCUCGCUCAGCACCACAAGACAUCCAAGGCAUCAGUCUACCCUCAGACAGCGAAGGCAUACCCCAGCUGCAAGGUCACCCGUGCGUCGUCCGCAGGUCUCGUUACGCAUUACAGGUGCACCGGUAGAAGCUCAUGGCCACCAGAAUGCAGGCUGGUUAUUCCACCCAUUCGCGGCCCGAGUCAAUACAAACACGCCCCGUACACAUGAAGACGAAUUGGUAGAAUGGGAGAAUUUCCCGGGCGGCAACUUUGAGCUUCCUGCACACUUAGACUACUUUGCCCCAGCCUUCGAUCUUGAACAUCCUACACGCCGUCAACCACAAUCUCGAUUGCCAACUUACGACCCACCGGCCCCAGCGCAAGAAGGAUUCACCAGAACACCGAAUGAGGAUGACGUGCUCGUAUGCCCAAAUUGUGAUGAUGAAUUAGGUUUGGGCGACGACGAGGUGAAGAGACAGGUCUGGGUCGUCAAAGCCUGUGGUCAUGUCUACUGUGGCGAAUGUGCAAAGAAUAGGUCCACCAGCAAGAAAUCCCAGCUCUCAGCCACGUCGAAACGUAUCAAACCAUUCUCCAAUUGUCGAACAAUGGACACCCGUUCAACCCCCAAUCGUCAACUCCAAACGCGGUAUUUAGUCGGCUAUAACCUUGUCUGCGCUGUACUCUGGACAGCUGUGCUUGGUCGUGUCAUAUUUCUGGUACCCCUCGUAGGCUUUGGGAAUGUACAUGGUGGCGUAGGCGAAUUCACAAAAUGGACGCAGACCCUUGCGUUGCUUGAGGUUUUGCAUUCGGCCUUAGGCCUCGUCCGCUCCCCCCUCCUCACAACCAUAUUGCAAGUCUCCUCUCGCCUCCUCCUCAUCUGGGCCGUCGUCAACCGCUACCCCUCCCCCACGGCAUCCUCCCCCUUCUACAGCUUCAUGCUGCUCGCCUGGUCCGUCACAGAGGUCAUACGCUAUAGCUACUUUGUCUGGAACCUGCAGGGACACGGCGUACCCGGAUUCGUAACGUGGUCAAGAUAUAAUACUUUCUAUGUGUUGUAUCCAAUUGGGAUUUCUAGCGAGUGCAUACUCAUUUGGAAGGCAAGCAUGGUUGCGGAGAGGCCUUUGCAGUUGGCGUUUUGGGGGCUGUUAGGGGUCUACGUCCCAGGGAGUUAUAUCCUUUUCACGCAUAUGAUUGCACAGAGAAGGAAGGUCAUGAGAGGAAAAGCGGUUGACAGAAGGGAUUGA